ACAUCAUUCCGGAGACGUCGACGUUUGGGUGGAGGGUGUCGAGUGCUCGUUUCAUAUUUUCCAUUCAGUACCAUCUACAUAAGAAACAUGAACAGGACACGUUUUUGUGACUUCACAAAACACACUCAUCCGCCUAAAGGCCAAUUUAUGCUGACAACGCAGUCCUCGCAGAUGGCGUCUGCGUAGUCCCACUCCCCCCUUCGCAGACGCUCUGCGCGCACCUCCCAAAAAUUGUGACCACCGCAGAAGCCUCGCAGACAGCGUCGCAGACAAGAGGGCUCUGAUUGGUCCACUCUACAUCCGCUGUACACGUUCUUCCGCUUCCCUACUUUCCCGGUUUGGUUUGUUUUCACGACCGCCAUUUUUAAAAACACGAGCGAAGAUGGAGCAGCACGAAGAGCGGUUGAUCGAGGAAGUGAGGAAAUGACUGAUGGUGAUAUGGAGCUUCGGUGAGAAUGGAACUCUUGCUAUCCAAACCAGACAAAAUGGGCAAGACAAGGUUGUUUCGUAUCUUUCUCAUCCUGGGCUCGGUCUUCAUGAUCCUGCUGAUCAUCAUCUACUGGGAUGAUGUUGGAGCCACCCAUUUUUACCUGCACACAACCAUAUCCGGACCUCAUUCUUCCCGCCUCCCACCUGACAGUAAUGCAGCUUCCAAAAACAAACUUGAGGAGGACAAGGAUGGAUCGUUCCUGGCUGACAUUGACGCUUUUGUCAACCAGUUUCUGGAAGGCACAGCCGACCCUACGGAGCAAGUGAGAGCUGAAACGCUGCCUGGUGACACUCGCAACCAGUCCUCAGAAAAACCCGAAGAAAGAUUCAUCCCUAGGCGCGAGUGGAAGAUCCACCUGACCCCGAUCGCCAUAGAGAAGAAGCAAAGGCAGGACAGUAGGAAGCAGCUGAUCCACGAUCUUUGCAGCAGCAACAGCAGCUUUGACUUCCCGGGCAAGAACAGGACAUUCGAUGACAUCCCUAACAAGGAGCUGGACCACUUGAUCGUGGAUGACCGACACGGGAUCAUCUACUGCUACGUUCCCAAGGUGGCAUGCACCAACUGGAAGCGGAUCAUGAUCAUGCUCAGCGAGAGCCUGCUGGUGAAUGGUGCACCGUACCAGGAUCCUCUGGACAUCCCCAUCGAGCUCAUCCACAACAGCAGCGUGCACUUCACCUUCAACAAGUUCUGGAAACGCUACGGCAAGUUUUCUCGUCAUUUGAUGAAAAUCAAACUCAAGAAGUAUACCAAGUUCCUGUUCAUCCGAGACCCUUUUGUUCGUCUCAUCUCGGCCUACCGCAAUAAGUUUGAGCUGGAAAACGAAGACUUCUACAAAAGAUUUGCUGUGAUAAUGCUGAAAAGAUACAGCAACUAUGCUGACCCACCGGCAUCAGUGGUGGAUGCUUUCGCUGCUGGAAUCCGGCCGACUUUUUCAAACUUCAUUCAGUACCUGUUAGAUCCAAACACCGAGAAAGAAAUGCCGUUUAACGAGCACUGGAGGCAGAUGUACCGUUUGUGCCACCCUUGCCAGAUAAAUUAUGACUUUGUGGGAAAACUGGAGACCUUGGACGAAGAUGCUGAGCAUUUGUUGCGGAUCCUGCGGGUGGACAAUAUUGUCCAGUUCCCACCGAGUCAUCACAACAGGACGGUCAGCAGUUGGGAGCAGGACUGGUUUGCCAACAUACCUUAUGAAUCACGCAGACAGUUGUACAAGCUCUACGAGGCUGACUUCAGACUGUUUGGGUAUCCUAAACCCGAGAAUCUUUUAAACGAGUGAAAUUUGUUUCUGGCCAGCAAAGUAUUUUCUAGCUGUGGGUUAUUAUACUGUAAUUCAUUAGGUUACUGAGUAGUUGUUGGGUUUUUUUGGGGUCUUAUUUGCAGUCUUUAUCUUUGUGGGCAUUGCUCUGGUUUGCUUAUUAUGCAGGCAUUAGAAAGGGUUCAUUACAAUGUAAACUGAUAUUACAUCCAGAGUUUUAAAAGUAUACUGUAUACAGAUUGUAUACAAGGCAGCAUGGUGAUGCAAUGGUUAGCACUGUUGCCUCACAGCAAGAAUGUUCCGGGUUUGAACCUCAUGGCUGACGGAUGCCUUUCUGUGUGAAGUUUGCAUGUUCCCCCCGUGUCUGCAUGGGUUUCCUCUGGGUUUCCCAGCCAGUGCAUACUUGGUGUUGGUCCUAAGCCGGGAUAGAUUGGGGAGGGUUGCGUCAGGAAGAGCAUCCGGUGUAAAAACCUGUGCCAAAGCAAAUAUGCGGAUCAUAGAUUGAGAAGGAUUAUCUGCUAUGGUGACUCCUAACUGAAAGAAGAAGACUGUAUACAGAUACUUUUGAUCUUCUGAAAAGUCAGGCCAAGAUGUAGAUUGCAAUUAUUUGAGAAAAUGAAAAAUUGUUUAUUAUUAUUAUUAUUAUUAUUAUGCAUGUAACAAUUCACCCAAUUCACAAUUUGAUUUUCCCAUGGUAUAUAUAUAUUUUUGUUAAUUUAAUGAAGAAAAAUUUAUUACCAAAUAAUGGCACAUUUAUUUUCCUAUUCUUUAUCAACUUAAAUAUUCCUUUUGUUAAAUUAAAAAAAGCUUCAUUUUCUGAAUAACCAACAAUAAUUAUUACCCUGUAUUUGUAAAGGUUGACCGUGAGUUGGCCUAGCGGUUAGCGUGUCUGCCUCUCGACUGGGAGAUCAUGAGUUCUACUCAUGGAUGGGUCAUACCAAAGACCAUCAUAAAAAUGGUACCUACUGCCUUCUGGUGAGACAUGCCACAAUACAGGUGUGAGUAGGGAGUCAAACUCUCAUGGUUACCAGAGGACCAGUCCUCCACUGUAACCCUAGCUAUGUAAUAGGCGAGAGGCCGAGGGCUAUGGAAACGGUGAUCGGCGUCGCCUGAUGUGCCUUGGGCAUGGCAAGAGCUUUGACUUUAUUUGUAAAGGUUGGAGUAAAAUUUAAUAGUAUAGUAACUAAAAUAUUCCUUUUAUUAAAAAUGAAAAGAUUAAUAACAAAUAGGCCUUUUCUUAAUAAACUUUUAUGAACAUUUGUACCUACAUUUUAUUUUCUUUAGCAUUCAGCAUUCUGUAAAAAGAGAGCUCUGAUUUUUUGCUAAAUCUAUUUGUACAGCAAUCACACAACAGCUCUUUACAGUUUAGAUCUGUUUUUUUGUGUUUACGCAGCGUUAGAGCUGUGUUACUUCCGCCUACGGUGAAGUCGUAUGUAUUCCUGCUAUUAUACAUGCCUUUUGCUAUCUAAACAAUGCAGUUACAGCUAGGAAAAAAAACUAAGAUUAUGCAGCCUGAUGAUAAUUGCAAUUCAUUUUUUAUUUCAUUGAUUUCAGUCGUCAUAAAUUUGUAUCGUGCUUUAUCAUCGCAUGAUAUUGUUACCUGCCUAAUAAUAAUAAUAAUGUCUUUUAGUUUUUCCUGUUCUUUUUAUUGUAACUUGUCCUCAAUUAGUCAUUGUGCGUAUUUUUUAUUUUUAUUUUUAAGAAGUAUGCAGCUUGAACAUACUGCUGUGUUCUGCACAUUUAGGGGAGCGCACAGAACAUGUCAAAUAUUUUUGUAUUUUUGUGUGCACGUGUGCGUAAAAGAUAGCGACGCCAAGAGAAGCAGUUAUUUUCUAACUUUUCACUUUCUAAAGGAAAGGAUUCACUGCACUCCUGUAGCACUGCAAGAUUUAAAUGUUUUGUUGGCACUCAUCAAGCAGAGCUUGUGUGUAGACAUCACCUCACCUCAUUUCUUUUCUUUUGUAUUUUUUUUUUACAAAGCAUUUGCAUUUUUAUCACCCACCUCAGGAUGCGUUCACUUUUUCAGACCUCAUUUAAAAUGUAUUGAGUGCAAAUAGAUUUGCAGAGGUUUACUUUAAAAAAAAAAAGCCUGAGCAGUAUUGGUUCUAUUAUUCACUCCACAUAAGGGAUUUCUGUUAUUGCUGUGUAAUGAAACAGAUAGUGAACAACACCUGUUUAUAUGAAUGUUUUUAAUGUUUAACACGCAUCAAAAGUCUUUAAAUCAAGGCAAGUGGUUGACAGAAUGGAGCUCGUGUUCGUUAUCACGGUGUCCUUCCUUUCAUCAUUUGAUUUAAACGUCGGUUCCCCUGGCAGCACGCCGCUGUCGCUUCAUCACUACGUCUGUCUUAUUGUCAGUGUGCCAUAGACGUUAGUAUGUGUGCCUUACAGCCCUUUGUUUUUUAAUUUAAUAAAAGUCCAUCUCUCAAGAGCUGGUCAUGGAUUGUGGACAGGUUUUGCUUGUUCUGGUAGGCUUUAUUCAUUUCGUAACUCUUCCUGGUUUGAGUAUUGUUUUGUCUAAAUGCAGACUUGGAGAAAUCUUAAAGCACAAAUCUUUGUCCAAGUCCCUUUUAAAUAAGUCACUUUAGGCACCUGAUUUGUUCUAGAAUAACGUAAGAUUGCUAAGGGUUUGAUGUGGAAUGUUUUCCGGUUGGCAUCAUGAUGUUUGUAUGUUGCGUUUUGCACAUGGAGUAUGUGGAGUUCUUGUACUGAAUAAGAAGUUGUGCUGUUUCUGAGAAACAGGAAUGUGUUACAGACUUUUGGUGAAAAGGUGUAUAGAGCGCAGGAGCAUUGUGAAGCACAGUGUGAGUCUAGUAGGUCAGAGGAUGAAGUGUGUGUGUGUGUGUGUGUGUGUGUUGCGCUCUUGUUGAAGCCUAAACCACCAUCAGCAGCUGGACUAGAAGAGGCACUGCACUGGGUGCUAGCAGUACCUUUUUUAUGAUAGGAAUUAAAAAGUUUACACAAACAAAAAUAAAUAUGUAUAAUGUACAGGUAUUUUUGUAAAUGAGUCAAAUAUGAGGUUUUUUUUCUUUUUCAUUUGCUAGAUAAAUGAAGGGAAAUGAUUUAAAAGUAUUAAAUUCUGCAUCAUGUCAUUUUAAACAUUUUAUUUCUGGCUGUCUCGGUGAGAUUUGCUGACUUAUUUUUCCAUCCUUUUCCCUGUUCUUAUCUUUUGUAUUGUCAUCAAUUCCCAGAGUUUACAAAAAAACCCAUCAUGUCAAUGCAGUUAAAUGUCUACGCAGUAUUUCCUGAUGUUCUUGUGCCACAGUAUUCACUGAAAUGUUAACUGAUAAAUCAUAGACACGUGCUCUUUCGCUGGCUGAUAUGAGAAUUUUUUUUUUUUUAAUUUAAAAAGAAAAAUUCUGAGAUGAUUCUUCAACAUACCAGGUUUGUGUUUGCAUGUAAUGUGUUCAUUUCAAGAAAUUGCUGUGCUUGUAAUUUAAAAAAAAAAAAAAAGACGAUGUAUAUUUCUUAAUGUUGCAUCAGCUAUAAAACAUUUUUAAGUAGAA